AUGGCAGCCGACAUAAGCCAUAUGCCCCCUUCAUACGAGGACCCCGAGAAGUCCAUUCCGUACGAGAGUCUCGGCGUCAAAACGGCGUACAAUUUUCACGGUCAAGAUGUCGAGCUCGAAAAUGGGCAUCUCGCGGAGCUGGAGGUCGACAUGGACCGAGUCCUAGAGAAAGCAGAGACCGAGGGCGAUUACGAUGCCGAUACCUCUCCAUUUCCCCAGGUUCGAGCGGUGGUGCCGGAGACGGAUGACACAGCCAUCCCCGUCAACACCUUUCGCGCCUGGUUUCUAGGUAUCGUCUUCGUGUUCCUCGGUGCAGGUGUGAAUCAGUUCUUCUCGCUGCGCUACCCCGGUGUCCAUAUUGUCUCCCUCGUCGCCGAGCUACUGGCAUUCCCAUGUGGUGUUGCGCUCGCCAAGAUCCUCCCCAUCAGUCGAUUCAACCCGGACCGCCAUUUCAACAUCAAAGAACACGCUCUGGUUACCAUCAUGUCGAAUGUGUCUUUCGGCUUCGGUUCAGCCGAUGCGACGAACCUGAUCCAAGCCGCCAGACUCUACGGUUUCCGUAUCCCUGCCGGCUUCUCCGUGUUGGUUGUACUCUGUUGCCAGCUGAGUGGAUAUGCCGUCGCCGGUCUCGCCAUGCCUUGGCUGGUCAAGCCCGCGAGCAUGAUCUGGCCGGGAGUCUUGAGCAACGUCGCUCUGCUCAGUUCAUUGCAUUCCAGGGCCAAUGCCAUUGCAAACGGAUGGAAGAUUACUCGUAUCAACUUCUUCAUGGUUGUUGGCGGAUGCGCCUUUGUUUGGUACUGGUUCCCCGGCCUCAUCUGGACUGGUCUCAGCUACUUCACAUGGAUCUGCUGGAUCGCCCCGAACAAUCGGGUAGUCAACAAUGUGUUCGGCAUGGUCACGGGCAUGGGUCUCUUCCCGCUGACGUUCGACUGGUCCAUGAUUGCAUACAACACGAACCCGCUGUUGAGCCCUCACUGGGCGGCUGCAAACGUCUUCUUCGGGUUCGCCAUCUUCUUCUGGGUCGUGACGCCGGUGAUCUACUACACCAACACUUGGUUCACCUCGUACAUGCCGUUCUGCACGGCGGAUGUGUAUGAUCGUUUCGGCCAGCUGUACAACGUCACCGAGGUUCUGACGAACAACGAGUUUGAUCAGCAGAAGUACGCAGGCUACUCACCCCCGUACCUGCCAGCUACGUUUGCUUUCGUCUACGGGCUGUCUUUUGCUUCAAUCACUAGCGUCUUAUCUCAUGUUUACUUCUUCCACUGGGACGAGAUCAAGCGUGCGAUGAAGGGCACCCUCAAGCUCGACAUCCAUGCGCGUUUGAUGCAGUCCUACAAGACCGUCAAGUGGUGGUGGUGGGCCGCCAUCCUCCUCGCCGUCUUCGGAAUGAGCAUCGGCACUGCUGUCGGCUACGAUACCGGCCUCCCCUGGUGGGGAAUCAUCCUCGGGUUCCUCAUCCCGGCUGUUUACAUGGUUCCCUGCGGAAUGAUCCAGGGUGUGACGAACGUGGACGCCAACCAGCUCAACGUGCUUUCCGAGUUUAUUGGCGGAUAUUUGUUCCAGGGCAAGCCGAUCGCCAACAUCCUCUUCAAGAUCCUGAGCACCGACGUCGUCGGCCAAGGACUGUACUUCGCAGCGGACAUGAAGCUGGGCCACUACCUCAAGAUCCCGCCCAAGACCCUCUUCUUCGCCCAAGGACUGGCCACCAUUCUGGGUGCCCUGACCCAGACCGGAGUCACCCUGUGGAUGCUGGGCAACGUCGAAGGCAUCUGCACGGAAGACCAGCCCAACGGCUUCUCCUGCCCCAACGGCCGCACCGUCUUCUCGAGCUCCGUGAUCUGGGGACUCGUCGGGCCGGCCCGCCUGUACUCCGUCGGAGCCAUCUACUCGGGCCUGCUCCAUUUCUUCUGGAUCGGGCUCAUCCUGCCGCCCAUCACGUACUUCGUCUGGAAGAGGACGCGCUCCGAGUUCGUCCGCAAGAUCAACUGGCCGCUCAUCUUCGUCGGGACGUACAACGUGCCCCCCGCGACCGGCAUCAACUACUCUUCGUGGUACAUUGUCAACCUGAUCUUCAACAAGAUCAUCUUCCGGAGAUUCUACGCUUGGUGGACCAAGUACAACUACGUGCUCGCCGCCGCGUUGGACACGGGCCUGGCUAUCAGUGGCAUCGUCAUUUUCUUCGCAAUUACCUAUGGCCCGAAUGUACAGUUUCCUGACUGGUGGGGAAACACCGUCUGGCAAAAUACGGCUGAUGGGCUGGGAAUCCCUUGGAAAGAUAUGCCUGACGUGGGAUACUUUGGUCCUGCCAACGGGACAUGGUCUUGA